UUUAGGGAAUAUCAAAAAAGAGUUGCUAGACACUACUAGCAAGCAAGAAUACGAAGCUAAAAAAGAAAACUUUCUCAGAAAAGUCCAAGAAGCAGAAUCAGGUUUACAAAUCAGAACUGGUGCCGCUAAAAUAGGAAAGAUUGAAACUGAGAUUCAAAAGUUAAAAAAAGAAGCUUUGGAUGAGAAAGACCCAGUGCGAAGAGCAAAAAUUAUGGAAUUAAUUGAAGAGCAGGGGAAAAAUUUAGAAGCAAAAUAUAGAAAAAAACAAGAACUUUCUAAUAAAUUCAAUUUUGACCCAGGAAGAAAAGUUAAUAACCUAAUAAAUGCUAUAAAAAAGGCUCUUGAUAAAAAAGAUAGAAGCAGUGGAGGGGGAGGAAGUAGAAAUCCAAGAACUUCACGCAAUCCUAAUAAUUCUGAUACUUCUUCUGAUAGUGAAAGUUCUAAUUACUCAGAUACUGAUGAUGAUAAUAUAAAACCUAGUGCUAGGAAGAAAAAGAAAGAAAGUCCCCAAAACUGA